CACAGAAGCUACAAGGUCAUGGCCUAGGAUUAGUGACUGAACAAGACAGAUUUCUUUCUUUCUUUCUUUCUUUUAUAGCAAUCCAUAAAAAAUGAGUGCUCUUUUUUUAUUUUUUUUUUUUUUUUAAAGCAUGAUUAUGUGUUAAGGACUAGAGAUAGUGAGAACGAAAUGGACAUGCACGUGGUUCUUCUUCAAGUUGGUGUCAGCUAUACAUACACCAUGCUAGAGAGAGAGAGAUGGGGGCUUUUUAAAGCAGAGAAAGAGGGAGUAUUAAAUUGGCUCACCUGCUUCCUUUCCAGCCAAGGCACUGUCAGUGUGAGUCCACCACUAUUUCUUCACCAUUUUUAUUGCUUCACUUCCCAUGCCUCAUCAAUUUCAUGUUUUUACACAAACCUCACCAAAGUGAAACUCCCUAGAUCUUUUUUUUUUGUUCCAUAAACAAAUUGGGUUGUUUAGCAAUUGUGCUCGCCAAUUUAAGUGCUUUCUUUAAUUUCAGUGAUACCAGAAGUUGAAAAAUGCGUCCUUUACUUAGUCAUGAUUGUGCUCUUGUGUUUCUCAAUGCGAGUGCUGCAAGAAUACCCCGAUCCUGUUUCAAUUGGAUCCACCAUCAAUAAUGCCAAAGGGCUAGAUCUAUUUAUCAACAUUUAUUCAGUGAGCAUGAGAAGAUUGUAUCGAUUGUGUCUUUCCCAUGCUCUUUUGCUAUUAAUUUCUCUCUUCCUUGGAUUCGCUGCCACCACAGUUUCACCAGCUACUGAGAAGGAGAUCUUGCUGCAAUUCAAGGGUAACAUCAGUAAUGACCCUUACAACAGCUUGGCUAAUUGGGUCCCAAGUAGCAAUCCUUGUAACUACAAUGGCGUGUUCUGCAACCCUCUUGGUUUUGUAGAGAGAAUUGUUUUGUGGAACACAAGCUUAUCUGGGGUUUUGUCACCAGCAUUAUCAGGUUUGAGAUCUUUAAGAAUUUUGACAUUUUUUGGCAAUCAAUUUACAGGCAAUAUCCCUCAAGAAUAUGCCGAAUUAAGCACUUUGUGGAAGAUAAAUCUGAGUUCUAAUGCCUUAUCUGGGUCAAUACCAGAAUUCAUUGGUGAUUUGCAAAGGAUUAGAUUUCUUGAUUUGUCAAGGAAUGGUUACACUGGGGAGAUUCCAUUUGCUUUGUUCAAGUUUUGUUACAAGACCAAGUUUGUUUCUAUUGCUCAUAAUAGUCUCUCUGGUCCCGUCCCUGCUUCAAUUGCAAAUUGUACUAAUCUUGAAGGGUUUGAUUUCUCUUUCAAUAAUCUUAGUGGUCAAUUGCCUUCUGGGAUUUGUGAUGUUCCUGUAUUAGAGUACAUGUCUCUGAGGAGCAAUGUGCUAACCGGGAGUGUGCUUGAAGAGAUUUCAAAUUGCCAAAGAUUGAGUUUUUUGGAUCUUGGCAGCAAUAUGUUUACUGGGCUGGCUCCAUUUGGAAUUCUUGGAUUGCAAAACUUGAGCUACUUCAAUUUAUCACAUAAUGGGUUUCAAGGGGGGAUUCCAGAGGUGAGAACUUGCAGUGAAAGUCUAAAAUUCUUUGAUGCUUCAAGUAAUGAACUGGAAGGUGAAAUCCCUUUGGGCAUUACAAACUGCAAAAGCCUUGAAUUUAUCGACUUGGGAUUUAAUAGGCUGAAUGGGAGUAUCCCAGUUGGGAUCGCUAAUUUGGAGAGGCUUUUGGUUUUUAAAUUGGGCAACAAUUCAAUAAAGGGGACAAUCCCUAGAGAAUUUGGAAGCAUUGAGUGGCUGCUCCUUCUGGAUUUGCACAACCUCAAUCUUGCUGGUGAAAUUCCUAAAGAUAUCAGCAACUGCAGAUUUCUUCGUGAGCUGGAUGUUUCUGGAAAUGCAUUAGAUGGAGAAAUUCCCAACACCCUUGACAAUUUGACGUCUCUAGAAGUCCUUGAUUUACAUAGAAACCAGCUUGAUGGUGGCAUACCGGAGACUCUAGGAAGCCUAUCAAACCUCAAACUUCUUGACUUGUCACAAAACAACCUUUCUGGGAACAUUCCAUUUUCUCUUGGAAAUUUGGCCAACUUAAAAUUUUUCAAUGUCUCCUCCAACAACCUUUCAGGUCCCAUUCCUUCAAUACCAAAAAUCCAGGCUUUUGGCGCAGCUGCAUUUCUUAACAAUUCUAGGCUCUGUGGGACACCUUUGGAUAUCUCUUGCUCAGGAGGUGGCAAUGGCACAGGUAACAAAUCGAAGAAAAACAAGGUGCUCAGCAACUCUGUUAUUGUGGCAAUUGUUGCUGCCGCACUGAUCCUUACUGGGGUUUGUGUGGUAUCAAUCAUGAACAUCAGGGCACGCAGCAGGAAAAAAGACGAUGUGACAACUGUAGUUGAGAGUACUCCAUUGGGUUCAACAGAUUCAAAUGUUAUAAUUGGGAAGCUGGUUCUGUUCAGCAAGACUUUGCCAUCAAAGUACGAAGAUUGGGAGGCUGGAACCAAAGCUUUGCUAGACAAGGAAUGUUUAAUCGGUGGUGGAUCAAUUGGAACAGUCUACAGAACUACUUUUGAAGGCGGGGUUUGUAUUGCAGUGAAGAAGCUUGAGACUCUGGGUAGGAUCAGAAGCCAAGAUGAAUUUGAGCAAGAAAUUGGACGGUUAGGUAACCUUCGACAUCCCAAUUUGGUUGCAUUUCAAGGGUAUUACUGGUCUUCAACAAUGCAGUUAAUUUUGUCUGAAUUUAUUCCUAAUGGUAAUCUAUAUGACAAUCUGCAUGGGCUUAAUUAUCCGGGAACCAGUACUGGUGUUGGGAACAGAGAAUUAAACUGGCCCAGGAGGUUUCAAAUUGCUCUCUUAACAGCUAGGGCUCUUUCUUAUCUUCACCAUGACUGUAGGCCUCCAAUUCUCCAUCUCAACAUCAAAUCCACUAACAUACUAUUAGAUGAAAAUUACGAGGCCAAGUUGUCUGAUUAUGGGUUGGGGAAGUUGCUCCCCAUUUUGGACAAUUAUGGUUUAACAAAAUUCCACAAUGCAGUAGGGUAUGUUGCACCAGAGUUGGCUCAGAGUCUAAGAUUAAGUGAUAAAUGUGACGUGUAUAGUUUUGGAGUGAUUCUUUUGGAGCUGGUUACUGGGAGGAAACCGGUGGAGAGUCCUACAGCAAAUGAGGUGGUGGUUCUGUGUGAAUAUGUUCGCGGGUUGUUGGAGACCGGCUCUGCUUCAGAUUGCUUUGAUAGAAGUUUGCGAGGUUUUUCAGAGAAUGAGUUGAUUCAAGUCAUGAAGUUAGGAUUGAUUUGCACAUCUGAGGUUCCUUCAAGAAGACCUAGCAUGGCUGAGGUUGUUCAGGUCCUCGAGUCUAUAAGGUCUGGAGUAGAAUCAUCGUAGAUUUUCGAGUUGCAUUAGAUGGUUUUCUUGGACCAGCACUUAUAAUAAUAAUAAUAAUAAAAAAGUGGCAGCCUUGCUGGAAGAUGGUGUGACUCAUUGUGCAGAGACAAGGGAGUUGGAUAUUAGGGGAAAAAAAAUAGAAAUCAUUCUUUUGUAUUCAUUUUGAGAUUAAAAGAGUAAAUUGUUCCUGACAUUUGCAACAUUUUGCAAUAAAAUGAUUCAUUUAUUGUCUCGA